GCUGAGGCGAGGGGCAAGCCCUUCCCCGGAGAAGCCGCGCCCCCGGCCCCGCCGGUCCCGCCGCGAUGCUGUUCCACAGUCUGUCGGGCCCCGAAGUGCACGGGGUCAUCGACGAGAUGGACCGCAGGGCCAAGAGCGAGGCUCCUGCCAUCAGCUCCGCCAUCGACCGCGGCGACACGGAGACGACCAUGCCGUCCAUCAGCAGUGACCGGGCGGCACUGUGUGCUGGCUGUGGGGGCAAGAUCUCUGACCGCUACUACCUGCUGGCGGUGGACAAGCAGUGGCACAUGCGCUGCCUCAAGUGCUGUGAAUGCAAGCUCAACCUGGAGUCCGAACUCACCUGCUUCAGCAAGGAUGGCAGCAUCUACUGCAAAGAGGACUACUACAGGCGGUUCUCUGUGCAGCGCUGCGCCCGCUGUCACCUGGGCAUCUCGGCCUCGGAGAUGGUAAUGCGUGCUCGGGACUUGGUUUACCACCUCAACUGCUUCACGUGCACCACGUGUAACAAGAUGCUGACUACAGGCGACCACUUUGGCAUGAAGGACAGCCUGGUCUACUGCCGCUUGCAUUUCGAGGCUCUGCUGCAGGGCGAGUACCCUUCACACUUCAACCACGCCGACGUGGCGGCGGCGGCAGCGGCAGCCGCGGCGGCCAAGAGUGCGGGAUUGGGUGCAGCUGGAGCCAACCCGCUAGGUCUACCCUACUACAACGGCGUGGGCACUGUGCAGAAAGGGAGGCCGAGGAAGCGCAAGAGUCCAGGCCCAGGGGCGGAUCUGGCAGCCUACAAUGCUGCGCUGAGCUGCAAUGAGAACGAUGCAGAGCAUCUGGACCGGGAUCAGCCCUACCCGAGCAGCCAAAAAACGAAGCGCAUGCGCACCUCCUUCAAGCACCACCAGCUUCGGACCAUGAAGUCUUACUUUGCCAUUAACCACAACCCCGAUGCCAAGGACUUGAAGCAGCUCGCGCAAAAGACAGGCCUCACCAAACGGGUCCUCCAGGUCUGGUUUCAGAAUGCCCGGGCCAAGUUCAGGCGCAACCUCUUACGGCAGGAAAACACGGGCGUGGACAAGACUUCGGACGCAGCGCUGCAGACAGGGACGCCAUCUGGGCCAGCUUCGGAGCUGUCCAACGCUUCUCUCAGCCCUUCCAGCACGCCCACCACCCUCACAGACUUGACUAGCCCCACCCUGCCGACUGUGACGUCCGUCUUAACUUCUGUGCCUGGUAACCUGGAGGGCCAUGAGCCCCACAGCCCCUCACAAACAACUCUUACCAAUCUUUUCUAAUGACUCGGCCCCCACCCCCCAGCCCCAUGAUUUCUUUAAAAAAGAAAUUAUCUUUAGUUGAAUUCCAAGUGUAUUUUAAAAUAGAGGCUUUGAGCAACUAACUAACCACGUUUUAGGAUCUCGCCUGGAAACAGAGGAAGAAAAAUAAGUAAUUGCGUGUCCGGCUAACGCAGUGGUGUGCACUGAGGAAUUACUUGGAAGAUCUAUCCGCCACACAACAUUUGUGUCCCUGUACAGUUUUGUGGACUGAGCGAGGAAAAACAACAGAUAAUUUAAGUUGGCUAAGAGCUUCUGUAUUUUCAAAGACUGCCACGUGCCUUAGGAAUACUGUUUUAUCUCCAUACUUUGGAUGACUUGUUCAUUUUUCUCUCCCUCUUUUUCUCUCUGUAUAUUUAUGACCAGAGCAAAAAUGUAAAAAACAAAAAACAACAAAAAAAUUUGUUACUUUGAAUAGUUCUAAAAAGAAAAAGAAAAAAAAAGGAAAAAAAAUCAAAUCCCCUCCAACGGUCGCUUUGUUGUUUUAGAAUUUUAAGGUGGAAGUCUGUUCGAAUAUCAGAAUUUGUAAAAUCUAACCAGUAAUAAAACCACUUAUCGAAACUA